CUUCAAUUAAUACUUACAUUUGCUGGGAUACUUCGUCCGGAACUCCCAAGCGUAGACGAGUCAUCAUUCCCAUCGUUGCCUUCUGACCACCCUGCGUCGAUUCAAUUGUCAGCUUGGCUUGUAGCCUUCAACACUGGCGACAAAAAAAUACUUCUUACCUACCAUAAGUCGAAUUUCCCUUACAACGUUGCAGGGAACGAUAUCCGAGGGAUCCAAGAUGAGCUCGAACUGGCGCGGAUGACGGGUGGCUUCCGUAUAGCUGAUAUUGAGUCUACAUCUGCGCCUUCCUCCAUCGCCGUUGUGCUUCAGGGCAAGAAUAGACGCAAUUACGGUCGGCGGUAUGACCGAGUUUCGAUUGAAGUUGAUAUCUCGAAGUCAAGCUAUCCCGUUACGGCAUUUGAAAUACACGCCAUCAAUACUCCCCUGAAGCUCAUCCGCCAAGAUGAUCCUCGAAGGCCAAAAUACGAGAAAGCGUACAGGCCAUUGACUGGCGUGCUUCGGCGAAACGUCGUGCACGGUUUGGCAAAGGUCAUACGCGAGCAGUAUAUAUAUCCAGAGUUGGGGAGGGAUAUUAUUGGCGCCUUGGAAACCCAUCUCAGAAAUGGUCAAUACGAGGCUUAUACGAACAGCGAGGAUUUUGCACAACGCUUAACGGAGGACAUACAGGCAGCUGGGCACGAUAAGCAUAUGUCCAUUGACUUUGAUGAGCCUCCCGAGGACGAGGGGUGGUGGAAUAUUUUCCCUAGUAAGCAGAGGGAGAUGGAACUUCUUGAGGAACUUCGUGGUAUGAACUUUGGCUUUGAUUCAAUUUCGUUUAACAAAGUCUCUGUUCCUGGAAAACCCAUUGCCACUCUACCAAUUAAUUGCUUUGUUCCUUCGGACGAGCUGGAAGUCCGUAUUGCUAUAGGUGAAAAAAUGAGUAGCAUUGCGGAUGCUGACGCGCUACUUGUCGAUCUCCGUACGAAUCAUGGCGGUGACCCUCAUACCAUAGCCUUCGUGGAGUCAUAUAUACUCGCCCACGCCCCACUUCACUUACUCGAUUUCGUUGAUCGCUCUGGGAAAGUCAAAGACUCAUUCUCCACCCUUCCGGCAGGCAAACUCCCAGCAGGCUCAAAACUCUUUGGCGGAUCAAAGACAUUGUUUGUCCUGACAACCAAUGAGACGUUUUCUGGUGCGGAAGAUAUGGCAUACAACCUACAAACUUUUAAACGAGCUUCCGCCAUCGUGGGAGAAGGGAAUGAGUCAACUGCGGGUGCAGCACACCCCAUCAACACUGCACGAUAUCUCUGCGAGAAAGACUUUGGAAAUAUGUGGUGGUCUGUGGCUGUACCAAAUCUUAAGCCUGUCCAUGAGAUUACUGGCACAAAUUGGGAAGGCAUCGGUGUGAAAAGUGACGUUAUUGCCGGAGAAGGUGACUGGAAAGGAGUUGGCGACGCAAAGGAGGCAGCCACAGCGCUAUUUAUGAAAAGCUUAAAGCCUGGGCAAGAAUUGUAGGUGUGGGGAGUCCUGAGAUGCUGUUCCAAGCUCGUGACUUCGGUUGCUGGC